UAAAACUAAAAAUUCCUCAAAGGCAUAGCAAUUCAAAAACCAAUAGAAAAAAUAUUUCUUUAAAAUAGGAAAAUCUAUAAAUGCAUGGUAAUUAAAAAAUAGCUCUUUAAGGCACACAAUUCAAUAAACAACGAUUACAACGGUUUAUCAGCAACAUAGUAUACAAAAUUGGAUAUAUAAAGUAUUUAUAAAAAUACUGGAAAAUAUUUAAAAAUUUACAUAUUAAGAAAUAUUGUAAGAACUUCUCAUCGGUGAAAUUUCGCUACCAAAAUCUGGUACAUAGAACUUAACUCUUCAUGCCACUCGCAACUGAAUCAAUGUUGCAGCAACCACAAUGUUGGGAAAUAUUGGACGAGCAAAACCGAACACAGAGCACAAAGCUGCACUGCGAUGAUACAGCACAACAAGCAUCAGCAGUAGCAGCAGCUGACAGAGUAGGCGAUGAGCAACAACUUCACACAGUUAACUGGCUUAAUAAAGCUUUAAACAUAACUUGGCAAGCCAUUGAACGCACAGCUGGGCAGCAUGUUGCCAAACAAGAACAGCAAAUUAACAAAACCGUACCAGAACCAAUUGCAAACUUGCCGAUCCAGCAACGAAAUGCAAACGACGCUGGGAUAACAGCUAAAUACAUGCUGAAUGCUGUAACUGACGGCACGACGCGCGACUCCAGCAGCAACAUUGCAGACGUAACACUAUUUGCUGAAAAUAAUGAUAGGACACAUGUUGCAGAAAUAAAAGACACAGAUGUUGCGCUAGGAAAUGUGUUUGAAGCUGGUGGCGCGCGAUCAGCAACGAUCACAGCUGUAAAUGUGUGCGCAAAUACUAAUGGCAAUAAACAUGUGCUUUGCAACAUGCUGCCGCAACAUGCGGCCAUGAAAGCUGAUGAAACCGAGCUGCCUACGCCACCAAGCGUUGCUGUUGCAGUAACUAGUAUUGAACGGAGUGGCUGCGUACAGCAUAACGCAGCUACAGAAACGAAAGCAACCACAACAACAACAACAACCUUUAAAACUACAACAACCACAACCGCUAAAACAAAAACCACUCAAAGCAUUAACAUUGCAGAAAUGUUUGAAGUGUCGGCGUUGGCAUCCGCAGUCCCAACGGCAAUGGUAUCGCCAUCGGCGUUGACGUCCAACGAACCGCUGCCGUCAAUCGGGUCGCAGCAACAAAAUACUAAAAAGACGAUAGAUUUCAAUAGUCGGCGGCGGCGCGGACGUCUAAGGCCACCAAGCCCUGUUGUUGUUGCAGGUGAACGCGCGCGUAGCAGCCCUGUGGCUGGCAGUGGAUUUACUGCCACCAUGUGCCGUGCGUUGCUGUGGCUAGCCGCAUACCUUGAAAGAGUGUCGCGCGAUCGCGCAACCAAACGUGAUCCAUUGCUAUACUUGUUAUCGGUGUUGUUAUCGUUAAUAGUCGGGAAUGUAAAUAGAGUUGCCAGAUUAGUGAAUGAAUUUGAUUGUGAAGUGAAUAAAAAGCCAAUAGUAAACACAACCACUACCAGCACCACCAGCACCACUUCAACAACCAAAACCACCACCACCAACAUCGCCAACAACAAUAACAAUAACCCAAACAAAUCAACUUCAAACAAUCUAAAUUUACACAUUGAAGCCUCUAAAGUGGAGCAGCAGCACGCAGUAGUGAGCGCAACUGAGAUAAGAAUUUUCGCAUCUGACUCCGAAUCUGAACUGAAAUCAGUGAAUGACUCGGCAUUAAAAUGUGCAGUAAAAGUGAACACCAAUUGCCAAUCGUUGCCACAAAAUGCUGCCCAAAUGCGCUACGCUGCUAUGGAGGAGAAGGCGGCAACCAAAGCUGUUGUCAGCCUUCUUGCCACUGCAAAUCCGCCUACAUCAAAUACUCUGCGCACUCGUGGGGGUUGUCAUCGUUCAACCGCGUCGCAGCCGCAACAGCAAACAGCUGCUACCACCACCACCACAUUCGAUCGCAAGCCAUUUUUAGCCAUCUCAUGGCGUUGUAGUCAAAUGCAGGUGCUCUUCUACUUCUACGCCUUCAUCUUAUGCACAUCCAUUUUACUUCCAUGCGGCAAUAAUUUGGUAUCCGCAGCCAAGCCGAAAUCCGCUACACAAUUGCAGCAACAGAAACAGCAACAACAAUUGCUAUUGGAACAACAACAACAGCAGCAACAACAACAACAUGAACACCAUCAACAGCAAGGCAAUCAGGCUCAUCAGCCUGCCGCUGGGCCCAAUGGUGAUGGUGGGGGUGGUGGUGUGCCAGCCUACCCGGGACUUGGUAUUCCCGUCGCUGCCGGCGGCCCGGGUGCAGAUUUGACACCUCCAACUUAUCAGAUCGUUUCAUCGCAAGCAUCGAAUGAAGAGACAGAGUUCGUAUUCCCUGCUGAGCAAUCGGACGAGCAAAUGUUCGAUCAGGAGGAGGAGAACUUGAAUAUUGUCGAAUUGGAGGAGGAGGAGGAGGAGCAGCAGCAGCAGAAUAAAGCGUACGGCGUCCAUGACAACGAAACCAACCAUGCGAAUGUGACGAAAGCGCCGCUCUUCCCAAAAGAUCUCUUCACCAGAGAGCAGCUGGAAAAUGGUGCUGUUAUAUGUCACAUAAUUGGCGUUAUUUACAUGUUCGUAGCGCUCGCCAUUGUGUGCGAUGAAUUCUUCGUGCCUUCCCUGGACGUGAUCAUCGAGAAAUUGGACAUCACGGACGAUGUAGCCGGUGCUACGUUUAUGGCGGCCGGCGGUAGUGCGCCCGAACUCUUUACCAGUGUCAUUGGCGUAUUCAUCUCGUUCGAUGAUGUUGGCAUUGGUACAAUUGUCGGCUCCGCUGUCUUCAACAUACUCUUCGUCAUCGGUAUGUGUGCGCUAUUCUCGAAAACCAUAUUGGCGCUAACAUGGUGGCCCCUGUUUCGGGAUUGCACUUUCUACAGUCUCAGUUUGAUGGUGCUCAUUUACUUUUUUCGCGAUAAUUUCAUCUAUUGGUGGGAGGCGCUCAUACUAUUUAGCAUCUAUAUAGCGUAUGUGACCUUCAUGAAGUGGAACGUCCAAGUGGAGAGAUUCGUGAAGAGGCUCGUAACGAAAAAUAAGGUGACUCGCGUCAGAAGUACAGAUCAGCUUAUGCCAGCAGGCAAUGCGGCGAAUUCAUCGGAAACAUCGAUGGCCACACAACCGGGCGGUUCGGUGACAUCGCGAGCCGCUUCGGAGACACGCUCAGGACCGCCGGGAUCGAGCAGCGGCGCUGGAGCCACAGGUAAUAGCAGUGGUGGAACUGCUGGUAGUACACACACCGGUGCAAAAUUCCGUCAUGGCCUAUUGCAGCUUAUGAUACACACAAUAGAUCCGCUACAUGAUGAUGAUGUUCCAGGCAAGGUGGACGAGAAGGCGACCCAACUGCAUGCGAUCGCCUCGCUCAAGGUACUGCUCGAUGCAACGAAACCGCAACGUGGCGGCGCCACCACAUCGGCUGCCAAUCAUGUUAAGAUCAAUUUGAAGGAGACGACAUUGGCCGAUCGACCCAAUGGCAACAUUGACACGACACUAGAUUCG